GCUCCGAUUAGACCCCUAGCCUGAGAACCUCCAUAUGCCAUGGGAGUGGCCCAAGAAAUGGCAAAAAAGACAAAAAAAUAAAAAAAUAAAAAAUAAAAAAUAAAUUUUUAAGAUAAAAUCUGUUUCACCUUAACAGGGAAGAAUUUCUUAAGAUAUAAACAGUGCAAAUCUUAACAGUUUCUAAAAAGUGACAAAUUCAACUAUAUUAAAAUUCAGAACUUGAAAAAUAAUAUACACACACAAAUAGAUAUAUAACCAAAUGAAUCACUUUACUACACACUUUAACAUUGUAAAUCAACUAUAUGUCAAUUUAAAAGAUUAAGAACUUAUGCUUUAUUAAAAAGUAUUAAAUAGAGUGAAAAAAAGAUCCACAUGCUGAAGAUCUUUGCAAUGACUGAUGCAAGAUUAGAAUCCUAAGGAAUACUAAGGAAUCAGUAUGAAAGAGAAACACCCAAAUUGGAGAAUGGAUACAGGCAGAAACAGACAUUUCACAAAGGAAGGACCCAAAAUCUGUUGAACAGAAGACCAAUUCCACCAGUGAUGAGAAUGCAAAUUAAGAGCAAAACAGAUGUUGAAUCAAUAGAAAAAUACAUAAAAAUAUGACAAUACCAAGUGUUAUAAAGGAUGCAAAGCAGGGAAAACCUAAGGCUGUGUGGAGUACACCAGAUUUCUUUAACUCCAAAUAUAAUUUAUUUAAUAUAUUCCAUUAUUUAAAAUACCACUUGAACAAUAAUAAGAACUACAAAAAUCACCAACACAAUGCUUUCUGCCAUGUAUAAUUUUUAUAUCUUUGCUAUGCAUAUUGAAAGAUCUAUUUUAGACUUUAGAGAAUAACUUUUAACAUAUAUCACACCGCUCUUUUGUGCAUACAAAAUAAAGUAAAUUGGUUAACGUAUUUCUAAAAAUCUUUAUAUUCACAGUCUGAGUUUUUAAAACACUUUUGAAUCAUAGUUGUUAAUACCCAGUGCGGAUCCUCCAUCCAGUGCAGGUCAUCCCUUUCUGAUUUCUGAUCACAGAAACUGAGCAUAAUAAAAUAGUUCUUGUUUCAUGUCACUAGGUUUGAGGUGAUUUGUUGCACAGCAGAAGAUAACUAGAAUGUCUCCCGUUGACAAAAGGACUUUAACAUCCUUCAGGACCUUCUUCCUCUUCUAGAUCCUUGGAUCCACUGGGUCACAGGAAUGAGCACUGCAACACCCUGCACUCCCAGGUCCUAGACCUCCUCCCUCAUAGUGAUGUCCUCAUCUAAGCCAUUCAGCUGCCUUCCUUCAGUUGACAAAAAGGCAGGAUUGCUCCCAGAUUUAAUGGCCACCUGAGAGGACUUUGGAUGCAGAACACAUGGAGGCCUCAUCUUACCACCUCUUCAAGGAUCCCCUGACACCCCCUGGGAUUGUCAAAAGGCAGGCCCCUGAGCAGAGCAGCAGGUCAUAAAGUCACCAUGCCAACCUUCUUGUCCAUCAUAAGGGACAUCACAGGUAAUUCCACCUCCUUGGGGUGGAGGACAGGCUGCACAGGUAGUGAACCAUCCCUCAAGCCAGCAAUCUUUUCCUCUUCUGCCCUGAGGGCAGGUACCAGGGGGAGGCUUACAGUGCACCUUAGUGAAAGGGCUGGAGGGGCCAAGGCUUUUGGACACAAGUGGAGGUGGUAGAGGCCACGGUCUGAGGUGGCCUGGAGUGGCCGGGGUCCACUGGGGCCACAGGUGCAGCCAGUUAAAUGGAGAGUGGCAGGCCCUGGAUGCCUGGCCCCAGGCUCUUCCUGCUGCUGUUGCUGCCCCCUCCACUGCUGAGUGCAGGAAGCUUGCAGCACAGUGUCCUAGACUGGAGAAAUUUCCACCACCUUGACCUUGGCUGGAGAAACAUUCACCACUACCUCAGCCCAGACUGGAGAAGCUUCAACAGGGACACUGGUCAUCAAGGAAGCAAGGCAGACAGGUUGUAUGACUGCAGAGGAGAAUUCGACCUCUACUUCAUCAUAGAUGCGUCGAAGAAUGUAGGCGACUCCUGGAAGGACAUUUGCAAAUUAGUGGAAAAAUUGGUGAAGAGGUUUACAAACCCUGAAUUGCGGGUUUCACUCAUCACCUACUCCUCAUAUGGAAACACCAUCCUGUGGCUCAAUAAAGACAGGAAUGUAAUACGGAAUGCUCUUAAAAGACUUCGGGAUAUAGUGCCUGCAGGACCCGCAAAAAUGCAGGAAGGAUUUAAAAAGGCAAAUAUGCAGAUUCAGAAAGUUUUCUACCCAAACAGGAAAGCUUCCAGCCUGAUUUACACUCUGACUGCUGGACCACUGCAGCCAUCGGCACUACAGGAGACUAAGAAGCAAUUCGUGGGAAAUUCCUGUAAGGACGUUAUGGGUGGAGACACAUUCUAUGCUUGUGUAGGAGCUAAAAUACCCAGCAACGUGACUGGAGAAAGAAUAAUUUGCCCAGGACAUAUUUUUGAUAAGGAUGGACAGGUGGUCGUCGUUGAUUACACCCUGGACCAGGGUGAGACAUAUGGUAGCCGAGGCUUGAAAAUCACGAGCAGGGACUGUUAUGAGCCUACAGAGCCCACGACUGUCCCCACAACAACCACAACAACCACAGUGCCCACCACAACCACAACAACCACCACAACAACUGUGCCUACCACAACCACAACAACCACCACAACAACUGUGCCUACCACAACCACAACAACCACCACAACGACCGUGCCUACCACUACCACCACCACCACAACGACAGUUGCCGACCACCACAACGACAGUGCCGACCACCACCACACCACCACAACGACAGUGCCGACCACCACCACGACCACCACAACGACAGUGCCGACCACCACCACCACCACCACAACGACAGUGCCGACCACCACCACAACGACAGUGCCGACCACCACCACCACUACCACCACCACCACAACGACUACAACCACAACCACCACAACGACCACAACCACCACGACGACAACCACCACAACGACCACAGUGCCUACCACCACUACCACAACCACAACAACGACAACGACCACAGUGCCUACCACAGACACAACGAUGACCACGGUGACUACUGAGGUCAUAGAGGAGGAGACCACGGUGCCUGAGGUUGUCCGCCAGAGCCCGGCCCCCAGCAAUCCUCUCUUGUACCCCACACUCAUCCCAUCCCUGGUUGUGAUCCCACUGCUGAUUGUCUGCAUCUGCUGCUACAAGAGGGUUGUCCAAGAGCCACCACCAGCCCAGAAACCAGAAAGGCCGUGCCCUGUACACAAAUGUACCACAGUGAUUAUCCCCUACUGUGAGUGCGAGGAAGACAGUAUAAGACGGAUGGAGGGAAAACUGAACACCUUGUGCGCCUUGGUUCAGCGCUGCAGCCAGAUGCCACUGAUGUGGUAUCAGCCCAGGGACAUGGUCGAGAGUGUAAGUGACUCCUGGAAGGACAUUUGCAACUUAGUGGAGGGAAUGGUGAAGAAGUACACAAACCCCAGAUUGCGGAUGUCAUUCAUCACAUACUCCACGCAGGGCAACACCAUCAUGAAACUCACCUCAAACAGAAAUGUAAUAAAGAAUAGUCUUAAAAGACUUCGGAAUAUAGUGCCUAAAGGAGCCAGAAACAUGCAGGAAGGAUUAAAAAAGGCCAAUGAGCAGAUUUACAAAGUUCAGUCCAGCAACUUUGGCGCUUCUAGCCUGAUUUUCACUCUCACUGCUGGACCAUUGCAGCCGUCAGCAGUACAGGAGACUAAGCAGGAAGCUGACAAGGCUCGGAGAAUGAAGGCCAAGGUUUACUGCAUUGGUAUGAAAGAUUAUAAGGCAUACCAGCUGAAUAAAUUUAUAGAAGCAAAGACUCACUUCUUUAACAUGGAGCAAAUCGAAGACCAGAAACGAUUAAUUGCAUCGAUCGUGGGAAAUUCCUGUGUGGAACUUAUGGCUAAAGACACUUACUAUGUCUGCGUAGGAAACGACUACAGUCUUGAGUUUUAUACAUAUGGUCUAGAGCCAGAGAAAAUUGGAGAAUAUUCCUGCAGAUAUAAGUUGGAUGAAACCGAAGUCUUCUCUAAACCACCCAUCAGCGUGACUGAAGAAGUAAUAAUUUGCCCAGGACAUAUUUUUGAUAAGGAUGGACAGGUGGUCGUCGUUGAUUACACCCUGGACCAGGGCGAGACAUACAACCAGGAUUUGUUUAAGGUCAUGGGAAAGGACUGUUAUGAGCCUACAGAGCCCACGACUGUCCCCACAACAACCACAACAACCACAGUGCCCACCACAACCACAACAACCACCACAACAACCGUGCCUACCACGACCAAAAUGACCACCACAACAACCAUGCCUACCACAACGACAGUGCCUACCACCACAACCACCACAACAACAGUGCCUACCACCACCACCACAACGACAGUGCCUACCACCACCAGGACCACCACAAUGACAGUGCCGACCACCACUACGACCACCACAACGACAGUGCCGACCACCACCACCACCACCACCACGACAGUGCCAACCACCACCACAACCACCACCACAACAGUACCAACCACCACCACCACAACGACAGUGCCUACCACCACCAGGACCACCACAAUGACAGUGCCGACCACCACUACACCACCACAACGACAGUGCCGACCACCACCACCACCACAACAAUCACAGUGCCGACCAUCACCACGACCACCACAACGACAGUGCCGACCACCACCACCACCACCACAACGACAGUGCCGACCACCACCACCACCACCACCACGACAGUGCCUACCACCACCAAAAUGA